AUGUUAUUGAUUUGGAGUGUACUGAUCCCGAUUGUAUGUUUAUGGACGGUUGGCAUAAUUUUCAUGUGGUCAUUUGAUAGUAACGAUUCGAUUAAUACCUAUUCACUGUUUGACUCGGUUUGCAAGAAUGUCUACUUUAAACAAUGUACACAGUCAAGAAGUUCAUGGCUUAAAUGCAUCGGAGAUAUAAACAGACCGAACAGACAACACAGACGGAACCACACAGAUCUAACGUCAAAAUGGCCACCGUCUUCUAUAGCUGAGUUGUUUGAUGAUGCGUUGCCAAUAAUCAAUCUUGCUUUACGUGUUCCAGUUGCUAAGAAUGCUGAGAAUCCUUUCGAUAGCCCAUACUAUCGAAAAUAUCUACGCCUCACCACAAGAAAUGAGGACAACAUAAUGAGAUCCCCGGGCCUCUGGUCAUCCGGAUACAAUUUAUUUCCUCAAACAUUAGAUUUUGACAAAGUGAUAUACGAUUCUGAAAAGGGUUUUCCAUCAACUACAUUGCCAAUAAACAAUCCGGACAUAUUAGUAUUACGACUGCCAAAAAGUAUUUGCAACCCAUGUGGGAGAGAACGUGUUCCUGACUUAAUUGUUGUGAUCAAAUCCUGUAGCUACUGUUCGAAUGAACGGGACCAUGCACGAAAUACAUUUAUGCAGAAGCACUUAUGGUCGAAUAUCACUGUCCAAUUCGUCUUUGUUGUGGGUAUACCCUAUCCAAAUGAAUCAAACAUGUUCACAUUUGAUUCAUAUUCUCAACGUUGGCCACCAUCUUCUGUUACAUACUUAAUUGAUGAACGCUUACAUAGUUUCAAUCUUGCAUUACAUUUUUCACUUGCGCAUAAUGCAACAGAUUCUAAGGAUGAAGACCUUUACAAUAAAUUUGCAGAUAUGGUAUCUAACAGCUACAAACAAGAGGAAUUAUUAACUGGUAUGGAACCAGAAUACAUGGGAUCGAAUUCAACUGACUACUCUAUAUUUCCACAAAAUUUGAACUUUUCAAAGCUGAUCUAUGAUAUACAAAAUGCAAUUCCAAUUCACACGAAACCUAUCAAUAAUCCAGAAAUGUUUGCACUUCGGGUUCCUAAAUCUGUCUGCAGAUCAUACAACAAUGAGUUAAUUCCAAAUCUGAUAGUAAUAAUUAAAUCUUCAGUGUAUAACUUCGAAUACCGUGACCGUGCAAGACGAACAUUUAUGCAGAAAAAAUUAUGGCCGAAUUUCAGUGUUCAGUUUGUAUUUGUCCUAGGAAUCCCCAUGGAAAACGAAUCAAACUCCUUCAGAUUUGAUGGAAAUACAUAUGUCUUGGAUACGAAGUGGUGGAGAUUUUCUAAACAUUAUGGAAGUUCCAAGUGGCCCUUUGUAAAACAGUUGUCAUUAGAGGCUGAUUUAUAUGAUGAUUUGUUGAUUGGAUCAUUUCACGAUACAUAUUACAACUUAACAAAGAAGAUGAUAUUUUGUUUAAGAUGGCUCUCAGCAUUUUGUCCAAAACAAGUCCCUUUAUAUUUGUUUAUAGAUGAUGACUAUGAUUUAGUACCAAAGAAUGUAAUAACAUUUUAUGAUAAUAAUACUGAAGACUAUUUAAGAAAUAUGAAUGGAGGUUACAUCCGUUCAUCUCGAACUGUUUUCAGACCAAUGGUUGAUGAAACAAGUAGUGUCUGGGCAAUGACUGUAAAGGAAUUUCCAUGGAUAUCUUAUCCGCCGUACUAUCAUGGAUUGACUUAUGUUAUUGGUGCAAGCUUGGUGCAUCGUCUUGCUAUUGCAAGUGCUUUUGUUAGAGAAAUACGCAUUGACGAUGCCUAUCUAGGGAUCUUAUUUAAUAAAUUAAAUAUAACACUUGUUCAUUUGAACAUUAUUGGUCCUUCUUUAACUAAAAAGGAUAUUAUGUCAGGUGGAAUAAAUGUACAUCAUAAAAUCAGUAAACGUAUAAUGAACUGGAGCAGCGGAUUGGAUCAAAUUCGUAUUCAAAUGAAAUUAUACAAACAAUCCGUUGAACCUACCAUCAAAUCAAUCUGUAUAAAGAUAAAUAAUUUAAAUCAUUUACAAUAUUUAAGAAAUUAUACAAUAUGUUCAUAUAAUAAAUUAGAAGAAAUAACCCAAUCUAAAAUAAUAUGGAUGAAUUUUAUUUAUCAAUCAAAAUUUAUUCAUCAUCAUUAUGAUUAUUUAAAACAAAUUACAAUAACAAACUCGUUUACUCAUUUUAUGUUUUUCUACAAUCAAAAUGAUCAAAUUCAAUACAAUAAUAAUAAUAAUAAUAAUACAGUAUUAUUGGAUUUAAAAAUUCAUUAUAAUAUUCGUUAUGAUAAUCGUAUAAUUUAUCAUUUUAAUGAUGAUUAUUCAAUGAAAAAUGAAAGUUACAUUAACUAUCCUAUAUUGACAAGAAAUGAAAUUGGUGAACCGAUAACAUUUAUUUUAAUGGAACAUCAUCCUAAACAAUUUAAUGUUACAGAAGCAUUACAAGCGAUCUCAUCUGGUCUUUCAUUGAACGAUGUGUGUAAAACAAAGAUACCAUGCAACAACAAUGACUUAAUUGCUAUUCGCUUACCAAAACGCACCUGCGAUCCUUGUUCUAGGACUAAAAAUGUUGAUCUUGUGGUGAUUGUGAAGUCACGCGUUUAUUGUUUUGAACAGCGAGUGUUUGCCCGAAAGACUUAUCUGAAUAAAGAUAUGUAG